AUGUCCUCAAGGCCGCCGAGGCUGAGUUGCAAACGCUGGUGGAGAAUUGCAUCGUCUCCGACCUGGACCAGGCGUUGCUUGUUCUUCCAAAGAUUCGCAAGGAGCUUCAAAGCUCAAUGCUGCCAAAGAGCUCAAUAUGGUUCCAGGUUGCCGACGAACUGCAAGGCACCUUGGAGGCUUUCCAGGAGCUGCAAUAUGCCGCAGCUGCAUUUGAGAGUUCAUCAAGCAGCUCAGUCAAGCCAGGUGAUUCACAGAAGCUGUUUGAGGACCUUGAGAUUGCAGAAAAGCAUGUGCAAGACUUUGAGCUUGCACUAUCAAGAACCAAAAAAACAGACUCAUGCAUCCUUGUGGAUUCAACAGCCGCCAGUGCGAAAGCCAUUUCAGCCGCUUCUCCAGCGCUGUAGGCAAAUCCAGCAAGAUAGCAGUAACGACAAGGAUUUCGAGCAGGUGUUGAAGGCAGUUCCGUGGAUGAAAGGUAAGCGGCUCUUUGCAGGCAUCACCUCAGAUGAGCGAGACAGACUCGAGGCAGCAGCGGAAGCUGCAACUGAAGCAUGCCGAAAGAGGAACUCUGGAGCGCUCGAAGAAGCCUUGUCACUCGCCGGAGUAGCCGAGCGCCUGCGUGGUGCAAUGAAAGGUAAGGACGAGGUGCUGUUGCAGGAGAUUCUGAAAGAAGCCAAGGAGUAUGGCUUCAGUGGCCUGGACUCGAUUGAGCAAACAUGCUACGAUCUACGGACAGCCAAGUUGAAUUUGAGGAGCGAACUGUCCCAAAAAGUGUUUUCGCUGGACCUUGCGGCAUUUGAGCUGUGUGCUCGCCGCAGUUCAGAAGUUGGCCUUUGCUUGCCUAACGAAGAGAUGCAAGAACUCCGGGAGGAGCUGCUGAGUUCAAUUCAGAAGGAGGAGGAAGAAGUCCAGGAGCUGAUGACAUCGACAGUGGAGUUGGCGGACACAGCUUUGAGGGACCUGUUGACAAAGUGCAUGACAAAGUGCAGGUUGAGAGAGACCAACCCGUGGCGAAGAGUUGCAGAAGAUUCUCUAAGAGCUUGCGAAGCAGGAGAAGACAUAAGAGAAUCCCUAGCUUCCACUCCAAUAGAUGAGACAAAGCUCCAGGCAAACCUAACCGCUGGCGGCUUGGCUUCCAAGCAUUUGAAAGUGUCCUUGGAGCAGGCCAAGCAGCUUAGCAAAGGAGCCGAGGUGAACGCCUUCGCCUUCUGUGCUUUGCAGAAAGCAUUGGAUGAAGGUUACUUAGGUCUCGCAGGUGCUCAAGCAGACGAAGCUCUUGAUGCUUUGCUGAGCUCGUCACUGUGGCAAGAGCCUACUUGGGAGGCCAUCCAGCCAAGUGAUUUACGGGAAUUGGAAGUGAGAGUCCAAGAAGCUACCAAUGGCGGCCAGCAGCGGCUUGCCACACAAAUGCAAAGAGCUUUGGAGGUUGGACGCUGUGCCGUUGACCUAGCAAACGCCAUGCGGCAAUCCAACAUCAACACACUGCAACAAGCCUAUUCAAAGGCACUUGAAUUGGAUCUGCAGGGCUUGGAGAAAGUGGAGCAAAGAAUCAGUAGUAGACGAGCAAGGACCUCAACGGUAGUGUUGCAGAGACCAAAUGCUGCUGUCAUAAGGAAUCUGGACAAACAGCAGCAAAGUUGCCACCCGAAUCGCCUUCAACGUCCUGAAGAUCAUAUGCAACUUUUUUCAGCCGGAGGCUACGAAAAUCAGGCAGCGCGAUCGCGAUGCACGCACAUGAUUUUUUGUGACUUAGAGCUCACGGCUGGCUUCUACGACUUUGAAGAUGAACCUCGAAUCCUUGAGGUGGCGAUCAUUGUCACAGACCAAAAUCUGAAAGAGCUUGGUAGAGGGCACUGGGUGCUUGGUGGUUUCAGCCGACAAGAGCUGGAGAGCCUCGGAGACUUCCACAAGGACAACUUCCGAGAUUCGGACCCAGGAGGAGACUUUCCGCCGUUGGAGAAUCAAAUAAGUGGAAAUGGCCUGUUCUCUGACGUGCUGAAGUCAAGGUUGUCCUUGGAGGAAGUGGAAUCGGAGAUCAUGGAGCUAGUGACCAGGCACUGCCCUGUGGGUGAAUGCCCGUUGGUCGGAUACUCUGUGCAGUGUGACCGCGAGGUGCUCAAGGACCAGAUGCCGAGGUUUUACAGGCAUUUGAGCCAUCAAAUCGUCGAUGUCUCGGGCUUUUUCACCAUUGGCAAAAUGUGGAUCGACGGAUGGUGUGAGCGCAGAUCCACCGGCUACAACCAUCGAGCUUUGAAUGAUGUGGAGGAUGCCAUCGAAGCGAUGGGAUGGCUCCGCAAAAAUUUGUUCCCGCCCUCGAUGGUCCGGAGGGCCAAACAAGUGUCUCCUCUUCGGUGA